AAUUUAUUCCUUUUCCUGCUUUUCCUGGGACCUUUCAACUGCUUCGCGAGCUACAGCCGUGCCACUGAACUCUUCUACAGCAUCAAUGAAGGGCUACCUGCCGGAGUCCUCAUUGGGAAUGUGGCCCGGGAUUUACAGAUUCAGGGGGCAGUAGAGGAAGAGGUGGGGUCGGAAGGGAAGCAGCAGCUCCCCCAGCAGUGGGGGGAAACCCCUCUCUCCUUCUGCCUGGCCUCCCAGGGGUUGGGCAGUUCGUAUGUCAACCUGGACAAUCGGACGGGUGAGCUGCACACCUCUGCGCGGGAGAUUGACCGGGAAGCGCUUUGUACGGAGGAUAACAUUGGGUCUUCUGUGGUUGCCUCUUCCUCCUCUUCCCCGCUACUGUCUUCUGAGUCAUGCUUGCUGCUGCUAGAUGUGUUGGUGUUGCCGCAGGAGUACUUCCGCCUCAUCAAGGUGAAGGUCGCUAUCCAUGAUGUCAACGACAACGCGCCGUGCUUCCCCACCCCGCAGAUACACCUCUUUGUGCCUGAGAAUUCACCCAUCAACACCCGCUUAGCCAUAGAGCAUCCGGCUGUGGACCCGGACAUGGGGACUAAUGGGGUCCAGACCUACCACCUGCAAGAUGACUAUGGCGUUUUUACGUUGGACGUAGAGGAGAAUGAAAAUGGGGAAAGGACACCAUACCUGAUUGUCAUGGGCACUUUGGACAGAGAGGCCAGGGAUGAGUAUGUUACCCUCAUAAGUGCAGAGGAUGGAGGAGUCCCGCCACUGGUGGGCAGUGCCACCCUCACUAUUGGUAUCAGCGACAUCAACGACAAUUGUCCCCAGUUCAACGAGACGCAGCUGAACGUCACUGUGUUUGGGAACUCUAGCCUUGGUUUGCGCAUCGCCUCUGUCCAUGCUACAGAUGUGGAUCAGGGAAUCAAUGCAGAGAUUACCUAUUCCUACAGCCAAAAGGUACCACCAUCGUCCCGCAGUUUGUUUCACCUUGAUGAAAGCACGGGCACCGUCAAGCUCGCCAAGAGGAUCAGUGGGGACACGCCUCGUCUUCACAGGUUGAGCAUACUGGCCAACGGUCCCGGAUGUAUCCCAGCUGUGAUCACUGUGGUCGUAUCCAUAGUAAAAGUUAUGCUGAGACCACCAGAAAUAAUCCCUCGUUUCAUAGCGAAUGAAGCCGAGGGGGUGGUUUACCUGAGGGAGCUGGAACCUGUCAACACACCGAUAGCGUUUUUUACCAUAAAGGACCCAGAUGAGAAAUACAAAGUGGAUUGCUACUUGGAAGGGGACGGCCCGUUCAGAUUGUCACCAUACAAACCGUACCACAAUGAGUAUUUACUGGAAACUACGAAGCCUUUGGAUUUUGAAACUCAGAGGGACUAUGAAAUAUCAGUGGUUGCGUGGAAUUCGGAUGGAUUCCACGUCAAUAAAAUAAUUAAAGUGAACAUUCUGGAUGAUAAUGACAACUCACCUGUGUUCUCCCAGCUCCUUAUAGAACUAUCUAUUGAGGAAAAUAAUUCCCCCAAUGCUUUUUUGACCAAGCUGCACGCAACAGAUGCUGACAGUGGAGAAAGAGGACAAGUAUCUUAUUUCCUAGGGCCUGAAGCCCCAUCGUAUUUCUCUUUAGAUAAAGUCACAGGAGUCCUUACAGUUUCCACCCAACUGGAUAGAGAAGAAAGAGAAAAAUACCGCUAUACUGUCAAAGCAGUAGAUUGUGGAAUGCCUCCCCGAGAAUCAAUAGCCACUGUGACCAUCUCAGUAUUGGAUAAAAAUGAUAACAGUCCGAGAUUUAUUAACAAGGAUUUCAGUUUUUUUGUACCAGAGAACUUCCCGGGCUUUGGCGAAAUUGGAGUUAUAAGUGUCACGGAUGCAGAUAUCGGUCAAAAUGGAUGGGUUGCACUUUCCGUUGUAAAUAGCAGUGACAUCUUUGUUAUUGACACGGGCAAAGGGGUGUUGAGGGCAAAGGUCUCCUUGGACAGGGAACAGCAGAGUUCCUAUACCUUGUGGGUUGAAGCAGUUGACGGAGGUGACCCUCCUUUGUCCUCUACCGCAAAAAUAACCGUCCUUUUGCUCGAUAUAAAUGACAACCCACCAAUGGUCUUGUUCCCUCAGUCAAAUAUGUCUUACCUCCUAGUGCUCCCCUCGACGCUGCCCGGAUCUCCAAUCACAGAAGUCUAUGCCAUAGAUAACGACACCGGUAUGAAUGCAGUUAUAGCAUACAGCAUCAUUGGGAGAAGAGGUCCCCGUCCAGACUCCUUUAAAAUUGAUGCCAAGACAGGCAAUAUCACUCUGGAAGAGUCACUCAUGCGAAAUGAUUAUGGCCUCUACCGGCUUCUCGUUAAAGUUAGCGAUCACGGCUAUCCAGAACCGCUCCAUUCUACAGUCAUGGUGAACCUCUUUGUCAACGACACUGUGAGCAACGAGAGCUACAUUGAAAGUCUGUUAAGAAAGGAACCGGACAUAAAUAUCGAGGAAAAGGAGCCACAGAUUUCAAUAGAACCCACACACACAAAAGUAGAGUUGGCAUCCUGCAUGCCAACCUUAGUGGCCCUAUCAAUAAUAAGCUUGGGUUCAAUAACUCUGGUGACUGGGAUGGGCAUCUACAUCUGCCUAAGGAAAGGAAGGAAGUAUCACCACGGAGAUGAAAACUUGGAAGUACAAAUCCCAUUAAAUGGAGGACUCAGUCUGCAUAUGCUUGAGAAGAAACCAGUGGAGAUUUCUAACAUCUGAUGGUUUCACACAAGACAAUCACAACCAAAACUUAGAGAAAUUUUGAACAAUGAUGAACUUCCCGAAUGGGGAGAGUUGUUGGCAGCAGCUACAAUGAAGGACCAAUAAUUUAUUACGUAUUAUACAUUGUACAUAGCUGUUUACAGAUUUUUUUAAGGGGAAAAAAAAGAAAAUCAAAUUCAGUGUACAGCUUUUUUUAAAAAAUGAAAUCUUAGUGCUAACAGCUAUUAACCUUGUCUGAGAAGACAUGGUCAUCCCAAGAGCCGUCCAUAAACCAAGUCAGGUUGCGUGAAGUGGCAGGUAAGAUGGAUGACACAUUCUUUCUGUUCCUCAUUCCUAUAAGUCAUUUUUGACCACAAGAGGGCAUCAGCCAUUCCUGUAAAUAAGACCGUUUAAGAGAAAAUGAAAAGUCUAUUUUAAAAUGUAUUGUUUCUUUUUCUAAGGAAUAAAAGAUAAUAAAGUAUGUGCUCGAGGUAUAAUGAAAGUAUGUUCUACUGUAUGCGAGAAGAUGACGAUGAGAAAAUAUGCACUGGUAAAUCGAAACAGAAUGUUUUAUUACCUCAGAUAUUUUUUUUUUUUAAAAAAGGAAAGGCAUUAAGAAGUGCAAUUUCUUGAGGGUGCGCACUAUCCCCUUCUGAGAUUAUGAAGGGAACCAAGAUGCUUACUGUCUAUUGGAUAUGGACAGUUGAACACACUUCAACGGCUGUUAACAAAUACUGUGGCAUUUCUUUCAGAAAACAAAACAAAUAACUCAAUGGGGUCCGAAGAGGGAUAGAGGGAGGGUGAUAUGACCAAUUUCCUUAAGAAAAGAAAGAAAGUGCAGUGGUUUGUGCUUCAUCCAAUGCCUCUCUGGAAGGUCUCAUCAAACUUUCUGGGCAGCUCUGACCAAGGGGAGAGAACUGGCAUGCUGCCAGUGAUCCUCUGUUCCAAGAGCCCGAUCCUUCAAAAUACAACAUCCAGUGAAGUUCCAUUGAGCCCAGGGGGAUUCCCCCCAGGCCCGUAGCUAAUGUGGGGCCCAUGGGGCCUGGCCCCCUAGCUUUUCUUCCAGGCCCCC